AUGUGUCUGGGUCCUGCUGCUGUCUUACCUUGCUGGGGUGACUACCUGAUUAAAGAUCUCAAAACUACACCAGUCCCUGGUUCUCUCAGACCUGCAGCUGUGGCCCCAGGCAGGUGUUUUAGGCCCUGUACCGCCCAGGGCUGAACCCUGGGUCUCAUCAGCAACCCAUUGGACUGUGAUGGCCUUGUGGGGAGGGUGGGCUACCUUGGUGGUGUGCUCCCUCUACCCCAGUAGGGGCUGGUGGGUCCUGUGCCGGAGGCAAUAGUGGGUGAGCUCUUGCCUGGGGGACGGGUGUGGGGUCCUGACUCCCUCAUGCUGCAUACUCCCCACCCCUUGGUCAAUGGAGCCUGCCUUGCCCAGGAGGCAAAACCCGUUCCAUUGCCCACCCCAGGCCACCUGGGAGACCACCUUCCCUUCCUCCACCAGGACGAGUGGGAAACCCUGAGGCCAUGGGACAGGCUCCCAUUGCCCAUGCCUACAUAGGAGGGUUCAGGCUCUGAUAGAAGACGGUGUGCCCACCCUGUGUCCUCAUUCCUGAGUGCAGACACCUUGGGAAGGGGGUUCCUUGUAGUCCUUGGGUGCCCAACUGUGGUCCCUCAAUAAAGAGCUACAAGUGAAUGCUGGUCCUGCAGAGUUGGGUGUGCAUAGGGUGCUGCAAACAUCUGCCUUCCCCCAGGAGGCCACUGCAGCCCAGCCCUCCUGUGCCCUGGGCCGCUCCUCACUGCACCCCCACCCACCACACCACUCUGGGACAGAGGAACCACAUGGGAGGCCACAGCAUAGAGCCUGUCUGUUUAUAGAUCUCUGCCUGUCUCGUCCGUCUGUCCACCCGUGUGUAUAUAUCUGUAUAUCUCUAUGGAACAGGGAACAGGAUAGUUGUGUAAAAAUCCAAAAUACAAUUCUGACUAUGAACAA